GGAGUCUUAUCCACUACUACUACUACUACUACUACUACUACUACUACUACUACUACUACUACUACUACUACUACUACUACUGCCUCCUCCUCUCCCACGGACACGAAUGCAGUUUGUUCGUUAGUGUGUUGGUGAAGUGCAGUGUGAAGAGAAGCAGACAGACAGAGAGAGAGAGAGAAGAGAUAAAGACAGACGGGCGGACACAAGAAGAGGAGGAGGAAAUGUUAACCGUGUGAUUUUUCCUUCAGCGAGUUAUUAUGAUUGUGACAGUGGCGUUCCCUAACCAGCGCCAGCCUUCUUCAGUGUCUUCUUCAGGUACUGCUACAGGCUACGAUGGCACUUCUGAGGCCUCCACCAUCCGCCUCCCUGACACUCCACACCAGAGGAGCCUCCCACUUUCCCGCAAGGAGUCGUACAAGGACCAGCGGAAGAAGUACCGUCGGGAGAAGAAGAGAGUGGCGCGAGAGUUGCUCAGCACACUCAAAGACCCUGCGGUGGUGGUGCUGGCUGACUGGCUGAAGAUCCGGGGCUCCCUCAAGGGCUGGACCAAGCUGUGGUGCGUUCUCAAGCCAGGCAUGCUGCUGUUAUAUAAGAGUGCCAAAGUGAAGAGCAGUCACUGGGUGGGCACUGUCCUGCUCAACACCUGUGAGCUGAUAGAGCGCCCCUCCAAGAAGGAUGGCUUCUGCUUCAAGCUCUUUCACCCACUAGAGCAGUCCAUCUGGGCCACCAAAGGGCCAGAGGGGGAGACCAUGGGGGCCGUGGUGCAGCCUCUUCCCUCCUCUCACCUCAUCUUCCGCGCCCCGUCCCAGGCCGCUGGCAAGUGCUGGAUGGACGCCCUGGAGCUGGCUGUGCGUUGCUCCUCUAUCCUUAUCCGCUCCAUGACCUCAUCCAGCAAGUCAGACAACAACACUCUCACCUCAUCCACUCUCACUGCUAACAAGUGGAAUGAGUCUGAUUAUGAGAAGCAUUUUAAGGAUCAGGACAUAUCAGAUGACUCCAGCCAAGGUGGGCUCAGCCCUGAGAAUAGUCCGCUGAUCACGCCCCAGUCCUCGUGGAGGGAGUGUGUCAUCCAACUGACAGGGGUGUCCAGCCUGGAGGGCACCCCCACACACAGACCCUUGGCCCACCUGGGGAUUCAGCGCGACCCCUCGCCCACUCCAUACUACCGCAGGCUGGCAGCAGCAAUACACAUGGCUGACCAGGAGCUGAAGGGUGAGGUACCAAGCAGAAGACAGUCCCUCACCCCUGAUGAUGCAAGCAUCACUGACUGCUCCCACACUAACACUCCUGACCUCAAGGGUAACAGAAAGAAGAACUUUUUCAAGCUCAGCCCCAGGAUUAUUCUAAAGACUCCAAAGAAAGCUAAGAAUGAUCUGGAUGACGCCAGCCACACAGACGACAAUGAGUACCACAGGGAGUCAGGCCAUUUCUCUGGUGCUGAGCCCUUGUCGGGGUCUGAAUCAGAAUCCGAGGAUGGCUCCCACAAGGGCGAUGAGAGACAUGAGGAGGAGGAGGAGGAGGAGGAGGAGGAGGAGUACGUAGAUGACCUUACGCCGAUAGAGACUGCAUACGUGUCCAAUAAGGAGGGGGAGAUGGGAGAGACAUGUAUUGCGCUGUGUCAGGCUGGAGAGCAGGUGGAGGAGCUGGAGGAAGAGAACAAAUCCCUGAUCUGGUUCCUCCUGAAGCAAGUUCGGCCAGGGAUGGAUCUGUCCAAGGUGGUGCUCCCAACCUUCAUCCUGGAGCCUCGAUCCUUCCUCGACAAACUCUCAGACUACUACUACCAUGCUGAUCUGCUGUCCAAGGCGGUGCAGGAGGACGACCCCUACACCAGGAUGAAGGAGGUGGUGAGGUGGUACCUCUCAGGGUUCUAUAAGAAGCCAAAAGGACUCAAGAAGCCGUACAACCCAAUCCUCGGUGAAACCUUCAGGUGCUACUGGCGACACCCCAAUGGCUCCCGCACCUUCUAUGUGGCUGAGCAGGUGUCUCACCAUCCGCCGGUGUCAGCUCUUUAUGUAACAAACAGGCAAGAAGGGUUCUCUGUCAGUGCAACAGUUUUGGCAAAAUCCAAGUUUUAUGGUAACUCAACAUCAGCAAUACUAGAUGGCAAUGUACAGUUGUCCCUCCUGCCCCGAGGGGAGGAUUACAUCAUGAACAUGCCCUACGCCCACUGCAAAGGCAUCCUGAUGGGCACCCUCACCAUGGAGUUGGGGGGCAAGGUGACCGUGGAGUGUGAGAAGACGGGGUACAAGACAGAGCUAGAGUUCAAAUUGAGGCCUUUCUUGAGUGGCUAUGACUCAAACAACAUGGUGAGUGGAAAGCUGAAGCUGGGCAAGGACACUCUGGCCACCUUGGAGGGCCAUUGGGAUGGCAAGAUCACUCUCACUGACAAGAGAACCGGGGAGGAGGAACUACUCUGGCAUGCCACUCAGGAGGUCAAGUCUCAACGGCUGCAGCGGUUCACGGUCACCAUGGAGCAGCAGGGAGCCUUUGAGUCUGAGAGGCUGUGGCAGCUCGUCUCAGCAGCUAUCAAGUCAGACGACCAGACAGCAGCAACGGAGGAGAAGACCAUCCUGGAGGAGGCUCAGCGCAGUGCUGCCAAUGAGCGGAAGGUCAAAUGUGAGGAGUGGGUCCCUACAUAUUUUGCCCAGGACCUGGUACGGGGCGUGUAUGUGUACAAACACUCUGACCUGCGGCCUUGGGAUCCCCGGACGGACCUCUUCCAGUAUGAACACAACUAUGUCAUUGCUACCAAGACCAGACACAAGGCACCCAUGAUCAGGACAGCUUCUAUCGUCAGUGUUGAUCCCAAGUGUGAUGUCAAUGUUGUGCGUGUGGCGGGGGUGGAGGGAGUGCCAAGGCUGCGAGGAGUGUUUGAGCGUCCCGAUGCAGAGGAGACUAGCUCAGGGGACCACGAUGACCUGCAAGAUGUGACAGACCACACAGUGGGCAACAGCAGUGUGGGCAGUGCGCCAUCCCGGCCAAGCAGGCAGACCAUCAAUGUCACUCCCAGCCUGUUGGACACCCUUAACAAGGUGUCUGUGAGCCAGGACCUGCUGGUGGUGGAGGUGAAGAGCAUGAAACAGGAGCUGGAGGCCCUCACACUGCGGAUCUCCUCCAUGGCCACCAGGCAGCAGAAGCAGCACCUGGAGCGGCUGGACAGUGGCCUUUUCUCCAUGCAGUCGUUGUCCUCCAUCUUGGUGGCUCUGGUCAUGUACAGCUUCAUCAAGUGGCUAACCGAGCGCUUCUGGUUGUAGCCGGAGGGACGGGGUGGUUGUUUGUGAGUUGUUAAAGGUCAUAUAUAUAUAUAUAUAAAUCACUAUAAAUAUAUACAUAUAUACAUAAUAUAUAUUUAUGCAUUGGUUGGGAUGAAUAUAGCAUUAACAAGAUAUCAGAUUGACAGUAUAAAAGUUGCCAUUAAUGAACUUGUUGUAAAUAUGCCACUUAUUGAUUUUUUAGUAGUAGUUCUCCCACGCAUUGUUAUGAAGGGAAGAUAAAUGAUCUAUCGGGAUAAGAUUCCUAAUAAGGUAGGCAUUUCAUUCCUAAUUACAAUUACUUCUCAUAGAAGUAGUAAGUGACACAGAGGGCCCUUCAGAUUCUAUUCAUUAUAGAGUAUCAAAAAUUUCUGCCUUAUGCUGUAUCUAUAAGUACCAUCUUGCAGUCAUUGUUGCACACUGUAUUCAUUGCUACCUCUCAGGCAUCAAUUUGUACAGUCUGGAUGCUGGGAGCCUGUCUGCUCAGCCUGCCUCACCCCAGCCAAGGGACUGCAGCAGGAGUGUAAGGGAAAUGUUUACUCUGUACUUCAGGUUCAUGCAUUUGAGUCUCUUGGUAUUGAGAGAGAGACAGGUGAGGCAGCAGGUCUCCCUUGUUGACUGUACCUUGCCUUUAGUUCUACAUUCAGUUCUCUCCAGUUCUAUCAUAGACAUUCCCUUUCCUGUAGAAAGUAAGAUAAUCUCAUGUCACCCGAACGUCGGUUGUAGGAUGUUCAGCAGAGCACCUCUCAUCCUUUUCCUCUCAAUUGCUCAUAGUAGAAUUAUUUCCUAUACACCCUUGCCAUUCACACUCAUGCAUCUUGCUCACCCUUUGCCUGCCUGCCUGCCUGUCACCAUCAUCAUCACUUCCCUGCAGCUAGUGUGUUCCUCAGACCAAGUAGUGAUUCACCAGGUAGGCAGCCUUUUAUCACACAGGUAGUAAUUCUCUAAUAGAGAUUGGUUUGUAUUCUUUAUACCUAAGGUAUUAAUCUAAGGCCAUAUAGGAAGGUUUUCAAUCCAUUGAGGCCGUGUAUGGGUCGUAAACUUUUUCAAAAUGUUGGAGUUUUGAUUUCUUGUUUUUCUUCUAUAAUAUCAAACAAUGCAAGUCCUUUUCAAUUCUGAUGCAAAUUGUGGACCAGUAGUGUGAAAUUUGCAUCAAAGAAGGUAAUGCAUUGUUGUUGUUUACACUAAGCUAAGAGUUCUAUGCAUGGAGGAGAGAAAAGGAAGGUGGACACAGGAGUGGAGUAGGCCAGGGUUACAUGGACAUUGAACCAGUACAGAUGAAAGAUGUGAACCAAGUGAUUCUAUCAGGAUUGCAUAGUAUUGGGUUCUUAUGGGAUUGAGUGUUGGAUCAUUAUAUCAGGCUUAUCUAGGGACUUGAAUUUGCCCUUUACCUGCCUAAUUAAGAUGGGCAAUGUAAGUUUAGACAAUGUACUACUGAGUAAUAAUGUAGAGGAGAGGACUAGAACACCUGAAGUCCUUGUCACCCUCUCAGGUAUUAGCAUUUUGAUAACACUUAAACUUUUAUUCACCUUGAAAAAUGUUAACUUGUCUGAGAUUGUUACCAUGGUUUGGAGUGCGUUUGUGUGUGUGUGUGUGUUGACUGACUGUCACUUGAGUGUUGAGUGACUGAUGACUGACCAGGUUGAGUUGUUAGUUGUCUAAGUGAUCUUCCUUUCUAUUGUAUAAGUAAUUCUCCUUUAUAUUGUGUGAAUGAUGCUCCUUUAUGUUUUGUAGUGAUAUGUGUACAGUGAGUGACAGUUUGUGUAUGGUGUGUUUUCUCUUCUGACCUGCUGGUUGGUGAUGGUCAUGUUUUGUUUUUCUUGUGUCUUUGUUGCUUUCAUUGCUUUCCUUAUCCCUGCUUGGUUUGGGAAGUAUGUUAAUUAGUUGUAUGUGUAAUUCACCACAGUCAUCUGCUGGUCACCCAGCCAGCCUUUCCCAUUACAGAGUGAGCUCAGAGCUCAUAGACCGAUCAUUGGGUAGGACUGAAACCACAACACACUCCACACACCAGGAAAGUGAGGCCACAACCCCUCGAGUUACAUCCCAUACUUGCUUGCUGCUAGGUGAACACGGGCUACACUUUAGGAGUCUUGGUCAUUUGCCUUGCCGCUUCCUGGGACUCGAACCUGGGCUCUCUCAGUUGUGAGCCGAGUGUGCUAACCACUACACUACGUGGUGUGUGUGUGUGUGUGUGUGUGUGUGUGUGUGUGUGUGUGUGUGUGUGUGUGCGUGUGUGUGUGCGUGCAUGUGUUUGAAGUUAAUGGUGAUUGCUUCAGUUUGCCAUCUCUUUUUUUGUGCCAAGUUUCUUUGAAACUCAGUUUUGUGUAGUUAUCUGAUGUUACCCAUUAGUGAGUUUUCUACAUGAUUUAUUUUUACUUAAUUUUUCUUUAAUUUACUUAUUUUUCCAGAAGAGUUUGCUAAGUUAAUGAUUUGAUUGAUUUAGGGAGCUGCCCUAUGUGGCCAAGUGACCUCUUGCAUUGUUCUUAUGUUCUUGUGUUGUUGUUUGACCUGAUGUGUUGUGUGUAUGAGUAUUUUGUUACUUCUUCAUAGUGUUGUUUCAUGUCAUGUACCAAAACCACAGGAUCUGAUGUACAAAGAAAAAAAGAAAAAAGAAAUUCAAACAAUGGAGGGCCCAGGUAAAGACAUAUACAUCUGUGGUUAUAUAUAUAUAUAUAUAUAUAUAUAUAUAUAUAUAUAUAUAUAUAUAUAUAUAUAUAUAUAUAUAUAUAUAUAUAUAUAUAUAUAUAUAUAUAUAUAUAUAUAUAUAUAUAUAUAUAUACAGACUGAAAUUUAUACUCAAAAUAUUGAAAGCAUACAAACCUACACAUAUUCAUUAAAUAAUGUAUACACGAGCUGGAACUUGAAGAAGAAGAAAGAAAAAAAAUUUUAAAAAGCUUUUCCUAUCUUAAGCAGCUCACUUUUUGCACACUUGAUAGACAAAUUUUGCACACCUCUUGCUGCUUUGUACUGCUGCUUCUUGUUGAAGGCCAGCUCUCUGAUGUUAUAUUUGAUACCAGCUAUAUCUGAUGUUAAAAAGGUAAAUCAUACAUAUUGCAUUGUUAUGCUGCCUGGGAAGUUGUAUGUAUUAGUAGUUCAAGGCUCAUUGGUUACUGCUCGGGUCGGGCCAGCUCACAGCCAGCCACGUAUCUUCUAGUCUUAACAGCGUAUAAAUCACUCUUACUGUAAGUUAAGCCCCUACCCAAACAAUAAGUAUAGAUACUUAAGUUAGGCAAGAUAAGAAUUCAGAAUCCUUUUUGCUGCAGCGCUUACACACACACACCAGAACAGUGAAGUGCUUUAGCAAGACCAGAAACAUCAUUAUGUAGAUUGAGAAAAAACUUGACACUUCUAUACUCCCUCUAGGUACUUACUUUCCUAUAACUAGUGUUUGUGUUGCGUUGGUUACCACAUAUCAAAUACAUCUAUGGAGGUAAGCAGAUGGUUGUUAAUGUGCAUAGCAGAUGGAAGUCACCCGAGGCCCUGAAAUAUGUUAGGUGGCAUUGAUGGAAGAGAAGACAUGUAGGGACAGGGACAGAGGAAAGACGGACUAAUGACCAGCCUCUUGGUGCUCCUGAGGGAGAGGCUGAAGGGGCCGAGGGAGGUGUAGCAUGUAGGUAGUUGUUGUUGUGUAGGUUGUAAGGGCACCGGUGGGCAGUGAGAUGUUUAUGUUAGAUGCACCCAGAAACACAGCAGAUGGUAGGGCAAGAAUUCUGAAUGAGGAUGAUGUAUAAAGCUCUUAUGCUCCCCACAACUGUUUGGAUGGUUACAGCGGGGCAGGUUCAGAAUUACUGCUCUAUUUUAAUGUUAUAUACAGAUGUACUACUACAUGUAAACACCUGUUGUAAUUAGAUGAGUAAAUUUAUAGCCAGUGCUUUUUAUAUUUAAAAGAAAUGUUGAAUGAAGUGAAAAAUACUUAGAGAGGUAUUUUCAGCUCAUUGCAAUACAGGAAAGUAACUUAAGGCAAUGUAUUAACACUGUAUUAUGAAGAGUUAUUAUUUCCUUGUUGACAGACAGUACAGCCCAGCGUAAGAUAUUCAGGAACAUAGUAAGUAUUAGGGUGACAGGGAACUAGUGUGUGAGUGAUGCUUGGUUCACUCUUCCCAGUGUGGGUAAAGAACAUUCCAGUGUGUGUGGCAGCAGUGUAGACUGAGUGUUCAUGCCAAUGAGAUGCUGCAGAGCUUGUUGUUGCCAGGGCGUGGCUGUGAUGUGCCAGCCAGUGUGUGUGUGUGUGUGUGUGUGUGUGUGUGUGUGAGAGUGUGAGUGUGAGUGUGUCAUGGUGACACAAGGUAUUGCAGGGCUGAGGCACCUCGGGAAGCACUAGUGUCUGGACAAAUGUUAUUAGAUAUUGAACCAAGUGCAAUAUGUGGCUGCCAGUAUGUGUUCAGAGAGAGAGAGAGAGGGAGAGAAAGAAAGAAAUCCCUGUAUGGUGCAUUGUAAGCUUCACUAUUUAUACCUGUCAUUGCUACCUUGCAGAAGUACGUAUAUAUGCAUAUGCAUACUACUAUUGCUGUAUAUUUAUUACUGAUCUGUUAUUCUAUCCCCAGACACUACUGUAGCAUUUAUGUGCUAUUAGAAGUUCACAACUGCAAACUUUUCAUUAUUUUACACUUAAUGAUGAAGAUAAUUAAAAAAAAAACUACUUUGUUCUUCCUUGUGAAAAUUUAAAUCUAUUUCUGUACAGAAUUUGGUAACAUAUAAUACAGAUGACUAUUU